CGGUGAAAGGAACUCGGUCUCUCCACUCAUAAAUCCUAGUAUCCGCCAAUAGUUAUAACGGCCCGCGCCCAUGUGUAAGCGAUACCUGGUGCACUGCCGGUUCAAAACUUCUCAUCGCGGCGGCGGUGUCGUAGACUUCUAGUCUCUUAUUCAAAGGUAACGACCUCGCCGUGUCGUGGUGAAAGAGUUUGGUAAUUUUCGACCGCUUGCUUGAUCUCUAUGCUCAUUGCGUCGUAAUCAGCGUGAGUUGGACAUCAUGCACCCUCUCAUUCUCUCGGCUGCAAUCUUCGCGGCCAACGUCGCCGCUCAAGCAGAAAAUACGUACACUGCGACAGCAACCAGCGAUGUUGAGAAAGCUAGAGCUACGGCGAAAACCCUCAGCCCUACUAGCAAUGUUAAGGGAAAGGCCUUUGACCGACUCGCCAUCAUAUGGCUGGAGAAUACGGACUACGACAUGGCAUUAGGCGAUCCAAACCUAGCGUGGCUAGCCAAGCGAGGCAUAACGCUCUCCAACUACCACGCGGUGACGCACCCCUCGCAGCCAAACUACAUCGCUGCUAUCGGCGGUGACUACUUCGGGAUGCAGCACGAUGACUUCACGCAAGUCGACAAGAAUGUUUCCACCAUUAUCGACCUGCUCGAGGACAAGGGUAUCUCAUGGGGCGAGUACCAGGAAGACAUACCGUACAGCGGCUUCGAAGGCAUCGCGUAUAUUAACCAGAAAAACGGCAAAAACGACUACGUCCGGAAGCACAACCCGGCCGUCAGCUAUAACGCGAAUGCUCGCCUGAUCGACCGUCUGGCCGUCAUCAAGAACCUAACCACAUUCUACCAAGACCUUGAGAACGAGACUCUCCCGCAAUGGAUGUUCAUCACUCCCAACAUGACAAGCGACGGCCACGAUACCGAUGUGACCGUCUCCGGGACCUGGACCCGGACCUUCCUGGAGCCCCUUCUCUCCGACAAGCGCUUCAUGCAGAACACCUUAGUAGUAAUCACUUUCGACGAGAACGAGACCUACUCGAUCCAAAACCGUAUCCUAGCCAUCCUAAUCGGCGACGCCGUGCCUCCUGAUUUAGUUGGCACCACGGACGACUCAUACUACAACCACUACAGCGAGAUCGCGACCGCCGAAGCAAACUGGGACCUGCACACGCUCGGGCGCUUCGACGUCGGCGCCAACGUAUUCAAAUUCGUCGCCGAGAAGACAGGGGAUACCGUACGCUCCUGGAACGGUGAUGUCCUGCUUGCAGACAUGUACUUCAACUCCUCGUACGCGGGGCCGCUGAAUGACGAGGGCGGCAACAAGCGAUACCCGGCGCCGAACUUGGUUGAUGCGAGUGACUUGCACAAUCGCACCGUGCUACCUAGUAUCAAGGAAGCGUGGGAGGGGAGCUCAGCGCCAGUGUACUAUUCUUCGAGCUUGGAGACUCCGGAUGGGCAGCACCCGCCAAAGGGGUAUGUGCCGAGCGAGUAGAUACAUAGGUUAGCAUAUGUCUAUAACUACCUACCUACCUAGGUACCUACCUAACUAUAAACCUUAUAGCUAUAGACAUCUAUAGAAUACUAGGUUACAUGUUGGCAUUUAUUGAUCCCGCCCCUGCCGGCUUCUAUUCACUAAAUGGCACAUUUUAAGAGAAAGAGAAGUGUUAGGCUUAUUGAGAAAUUGUCCCGUCGGUCGUAUUUUUAUCCCUUCGCUUGCUAUUGGGGGGUCUCUCAACCUUCGGUGGUUUGGAUUCUGGUGAAGUUAGCAUGGACUGAUCUCGAUGAGAAUAAUCAAACCAUACAGCUUUUUUUUCUCUUACAACCAGACUCAUCUUUCCAUCAGACCCAGACAACCUAACAGCAUGAGCCUAAGAUGUAACAUAAGAAAAAAGCAUUCGCCAGCUAACUUUGGAACACCACCUAAUGCAUCUUACAAUAUAUUAGAUUUUGACGAAGGAUGGAUAAUAGACUCAAUCUAGAAC